AUGACCGGCAGGGCCAGGGUUCGAGCCCGAGGCAGAGCGCGCAAUCCAGCAUCCGUGGAGCCUGCUAAGCCUGAGGUGGCUAGGGGUCCUGAAGUACCCAGAACCGACCCACCACGGAGCUUCGCUGACAUAGUGAGACGUGGCACAGCAGCUCAGCAACCUCAUCAAAUCCAGCCUAGACUCAAGCAGCUGUGGGGUGUUAGCCACGUGGCUGGGGCUGGACCACCAACAGAAGCAGAAGGAACACCGCAGCCUUCAGGUGAACGGUUAUCAUUAUACAGGUAUGACAACAGAACCUAUAGGGUGGAUGGUAUUACUUGGGAGAAGCCUCCCAGCUCUACAUUUACAAGAUCGGAUGGCAGUGAAACCUCCUUUGUAGACUGUUACAGGGAGGUCCUUUUCUUGCUGCCCACUGAAAAUAAAGAAAUUUGUGAUGGCAUAAAAAGACACCUGUGUGUCAAUUACCCGAUUCCAAGCCAGUGUGUGCUGAAACGGACCUUAGAGAGACCCGCUACAAAGAUUGCCCUGCAGAUGAACUGCAAGCUAGGAGGUGCCCUCUGGAAGGUGGAUAGAGAAUUGCAGAAUGCAAUGUUCAUCGGUAUCGAUUGUUUCCACGGUAUUGUACAUCGAUGGAAGUCAGUCGCAGGAUUUGUGGCAAGCAUCGAUCCAGACUUGACGCGGUGGUUCUCUCAAUGCAUCAUCCAGCAAUCGGGGCAGGAGCUUGUCAAUGGGCUGACGACCUGCUUGCACACUGCCUUGAAGCUCUGGUAUGAACAAAAUUCAUCUCUGCCACAUUCCAUUGUGUAUCGAGAUGGAGUGGGAGAUGGACAGCUUCAAGCACUGACUGACCAAGAACUAAGACAGAUGGAGUCCUACUUAGAAAAUGCUUACAGAGGACAAAAUAUCAGAGUAACUUUCAUCGUGGUGAAGAAACAAAUAAACAUCAGAUUUUUUAUUGAAAAGGAUGAAGGAAGACUUGACAAUCCAUCUCCAGGAACGGUUAUUGAUUUAGAGGUGACUAGGAUGGAAUGGUAUGACUUUUUUAUUGUGAGUCAGUCUGUGAAAGAAGGCACUGGUACUGUCACUCCCACUCAUUAUAAUGUCAUCCAUGACACGCUUUACUUGAGCCCAGAUGCAGUACAGAGUCUAACUUACAAACUAUGCCACAUGUAUUACAAUUUUUCAGGUAUCAUCUGAGUCCCUGCUCCUUGCCAUUAUGCCCAUAAGCUGGCUUACCUGGUGGGCCAGAGUCUUCACCAAGAACCACAUGGGUCUCUGUCAAAACGUCUCUUUUACCUUUAA